CUCACAAGAAGAAGUGAGAGGAUAGCAUCAUCCAUCUUCUGGGAAUACAACACAUCGGAGCCCGAGGAGCAGCAGUUAUCUGGCCUCACCUUACAUUAACGAGAACAAACAUCGGCCAUCAUGGGAGCCGUUCUGGGACUGUGCUCCAUGGCGAGCUGGAUCCCGUGCCUGUGCGGCAGCGCCCCCUGCCUGCUGUGUCGAUGCUGUCCCAGUGGAAAUAAUUCGACAGUGACUCGUCUCAUCUAUGCCUUCUUCCUGCUGCUGGGAGUGGGUAUUGCCUGUAUUAUGUUGAUGCCUGGCAUGGAGGGGCAGCUUAAGAAGAUUCCAGGUUUCUGUGAAGGAGGGAUGGGCUCGUCUAUUCCCGGUGUGGAGGGUCAUGUGAACUGCGAUGUGCUGGUUGGCUACAAGGCUGUGUACCGCGUUUGCUUCGGCAUGGCCAUGUUCUUCCUGCUCUUCUCUCUGCUCAUGGUCAAAGUUAAGAGCAGCCAGGACCCCCGAGCAGCACUGCACAAUGGGUUUUGGUUCUUCAAGUUUGCUGCAGCAGCUGCCCUGACUAUCGGAUCAUUUUUCAUCGCAGAAGGCCCCUUCACCACUGUGUGGUUCUAUGCCGGCAUGGCUGGAGCCUUCUGCUUCAUUCUCAUCCAGCUGGUUUUACUCAUUGACUUCGCCCACUCCUGGAAUGAAUCCUGGGUGGAGAAGAUGGAGGAAGGCAAUUCUCGCUGCUGGUAUGCAGCCCUGCUGUCGGUCACAGCACUGAACUACUUGUUGUCUCUGGUGUCUCUGGUCCUGUUCUACGUCUACUACACCCACUCUGAUGGUUGCACUGAGAACAAGGUCUUCAUCAGCAUCAACAUGCUCCUCUGUGUCGGCGCCUCUGUGUUGUCCAUCCUGCCUCAGAUCCAGGAGUCCCAGCCCAGAUCCGGCCUGCUGCAGUCCUCCCUGGUCACCCUUUACACCAUGUAUCUCACCUGGUCUGCCAUGACCAAUGAACCUGACAGGAAAUGUAAUCCAAGCCUUCUGGGUAUUAUUGGGCUGAACAGCACCACACCUGCAGGUCAGGAGCGUGUGGUUCAGUGGUGGGAUGCCCAGGGGAUUGUGGGACUGAUCCUCUUCCUCAUGUGUGUCCUCUACUCCAGCAUUCGUAAUUCUUCCAAUGCCCAGGUGAACAAGUUGACCCUGACCAGCGACGAGUCGGCUCUGAUCGAGGACGGGCCUCAGACUGACAGCUUCGAGGAGGACAACGGUCCCAACAGAGCCGUGGACAAUGAGAAGGAGGCCGUCACCUACUCCUACUCUUUCUUCCACUUCAUGCUGUUCUUGGCGUCGCUCUACAUCAUGAUGACACUUACCAACUGGUACAGCCCUGACUCCAACUACGAGGCCAUGACCAGCAAGUGGCCGUCGGUGUGGGUGAAGAUCUCUUCCAGCUGGAUCUGCAUCGCCCUGUACGUGUGGACGCUGGUGGCUCCGCUGGUCCUGGUCAACAGAGACUUUGACUGAAACACACAUUGUCCCUCAGCUCACACACUCAUUAAUGCUCUGCUUCACCCGUGUUAUGUUUCAUCAGUCAGUAAAACAUUAGAUGGCUAACCCUGCAUCAUUUAGUGCUGAAGAGGCUAGGGCUGCGAUCAGAUUGGCUGGAAUGCUUCAGGGCUGUUGGUUUGGUGAUGAUUGUCUAUAGUCUGAUGGAGCUCCCUCGCUGCGGGGCUGAUGAAUAGAGAGCUAACAAGGAUGUUAAAAAGCGACUUGUCCCCGUUCUGAUGGCAGCCCGGUCUCUUCUGGUGUAAUAUCAUUGUGAAUCCUCAGCAGCCUGUUGUCGUGGUUCCCCAUGCCAGUGACAUUGUAAAUAUCCUGUGUUUUACUCGUGGAUGGUUUUGUUUUCUUUCUAUAAAGACAGAGCUGCAUGCUGUUCCUUUCAAACUUGAUGUGACAUUAACAGUAGCUGUAUCUUAAGACUUACUGAGGAUGAUGAUAAUGGCUUAGAUGGGUGCCCCCCCACCCCCCCCUCCGUCGGCAGCGGCAGAUUAAAUCUGACUGUAGUAUUACAUAUGAACAUGCUGUUAUUUGUAAAAUAAGGGAGAAAAUGCUUUGAUCUGAACUGUGUAUGGCAGGACUCCAGCUGUGGCACUGACAGGUGAGCACAGCAGAGCGACUCAGUGUUAUUCACUAACUUGUACCAUCACCAGGCGUGAGCAGUGCUGUGCAGCGCCGUGCGGGUGGUGUUCUCUUCAUCUGUUAUCCUGUGUUUACUCUGGAGCUUGCACACUCCUGGGCACAUACACACAAACAAAGGCAUUCCUGUUUUUGUUGCUUCUGAUUUUGCGUUGAAUUAUAACUUCAAAUGUUCAAUUGAAAUUGAUUGUUUGAAAACUUGUGGAUAAAUUAUUUGGUAUUGUUUUAGCAUUAGCAUGUAGUUUCUCACAGACUUGGCAGAGAUAUUGUGGCUAGACUUUUGCUCUCACCUGUGUCUCACCUGUGCUUUCCUUCUCGUAUGAUUUUCUUCUUGACAUGUAAAAGUAUAUUGUAAAUCGUUUAAUAAAACUGACCCAAAAAAAAAAGG